GUUCUGCACCAUUGCCCAACAGACGACGAUAUCCCACAAUGCACCAAAUCUCUGGACUCUCACGUCUCGGAAAUGGUCACUCAGGCUGAGGAAGAGGAGAGGAUACCGGUCUUUAUCUUCGAUGAGGUGGAGCACAUGCCCAGGGAGUUGCUGGACACAUUGCAAGACCUGAUUCAUCCCAAAAACAACAACGAAUACUUAAACGCCAUCUACAUUCUCAUCAGCAACCUGGGACAUGAAGACAUCACCAAAUUCGUUCUGCACAACUCCAGCGUCGCCAUCUCAGGCCAUCUGAGCUUGAGUCAGGAGCUGAGCCCUUGGUUGCGUAGCUACCUUGAAAGAUACCACAUACUAUUUUUGGAGGCAGAGCUCCUGCCCUUUAUGCUUCUGGAGAAGAGCCACGUAAUGGAUUGUUUUAUUGACGAGAUGUCCAGGGAAGGAUUCUACCCAGAUCGAUCCCAUGUAGAAAGGCUUGCGGAAGAACUAUCAUACUACAUAGUUGGCGAAUGGGAAUUUUCUCACACCGGAUGCAGGCAGGUUGUGGCAAAAGUGAACCUUCUCUGA